GGGUUCCCCGGACGGAGCGAGGCCCCGCCCGUUCCGCCUGACGCCGCGCGCCUCUCGGCUGUCCGGGCAUUGCCCGCGCCCUUCUCUUCGGCGCAUGCGCAGCAGCGGCACGUCGCGUUGGGGAAGGUGCUGUUGGCGGCCGCGGCCUGAGCCCGGGGGGUGCGCGCUCCCUCCCCCGCCCCCCCCGCCAGGUCACUGGCCAUGGAGGGCACAGGGCCCGCGGGGGAGACACCCCCGCUCUCUGCAGCCAUGCGGGCAAAGAUCGAGCGGAAUCGCCAGCGGGCGCUGAUGCUGCGACAGGCCCGGUUGGCCGCCCGGCCCUACCCUGUUGCCCCCAGCGAAGGAAGUGCUAAAGUUAAAGCACCUCCAAAGAUAAUUGACACAGGAGGAGGGUUCUUUUUGGAAGAGGAGGAAGAGGAGGAACACAAGGUUGAGAAAAUUGUCCAUCAGCCAGGACCUGUACUAGAAUUUGAUUACCUUAUUUGUGAGGAAUGUGGCAAACAAUUCAUGGACUCAUAUCUCAUGCAGCACUUUGAUUGGGCAACAUGCGAUAAUUGCAGAGAUGUUGAAGGUAAGCAUAAGCUUAUAACAAGGACUGAGGCAAAGCAAGAUUACCUUCUUAAAGACUGUGACUUAGAUAAGAGAGAACCGGUGCUCAAAUUUAUUUUGAAGAAAAACCCUCAUAAUUCACAGUGGGGUGACAUGAAGCUUUACUUAAAAUUACAGGUAAUAAAACGUUCGCUUGAAGUUUGGGGUAGUGAAGAAGCGUUGCAAGAAGCAAGAGAAACCCGCCAAGAUAAUAGAGAGAAGAUGAAACAGAAAAAGUUUGAUAAAAAAGUUAAAGAUUUAGAACAUUCAGCUCUGCAGUUUUUACUUGCCUGCAUUGUCUUUCUAGACUUUGUUGACAUUUUUCAUCAGAGCUCCGUCGAGCUGUUAGGAGCAGUUUGUGGAAAAGAGGAACAGGUUCCCACCAGCAUGAGUACGGACCCGAAGAAAACAUUGAAGAAGAUAUGUACAAAAAGACAUGUACUAUAUGUGGCCAUGAAUUAACAUAUGAGAAAAUGUAAUAGCCCUUGAUUGAUUUUACAUAAAAUGCACCUUUUGUAAUGUUAAUAUUUUGUAUCAAGUAAAAUAAAAAUGAUUGAAAGUAAA